AGGCGAGCAGCGCUGGCGGAUGGAGCUUUAUUUGGCAGGGCCGGUGAGGGGACACGGAGACCCCACCGCCCCGAGAACGGACACCGAGCUGACAGAGACCGAGGGCACAACAACCGCUGCCCGGCUCUGCGCAGGCCUCUGCGCCUGCCCUCCCCCGUCUCUCAAGAGAUUGAUGGCGGCGUUGACCAAUAGGAAGGCGCGGGGCGGAGGCACCGCCAAUGGGCGGCUGGCGGGCCGAGCGGGGCGGGGCGGUUGGCGGCGCUGGGCGCAGCCAUGCUCCGCCGCUCGCUCUGGCUCUGCCUUUGCCUCUGCUCCUGCCCGGCCCGCGGUUUACGCAUCCACGAGUACUUGUAUUUCCAAGUGCUGAGCCCUGGGGACAUCCGCUACAUCUUCACCGCCACACCGGCCAAGGACUUUGGUGGCGUGUUUAACACAAGGUACGACCAGAUCCACCUGGUCCCGGCGGAUCCCCCCGAAGCCUGCGGAGAGCUGAAUAAUGGCGUCUUCAUCCAGGACCAGAUUGCCUUAGUGGAGAGGGGGGGUUGCUCGUUCCUGUCGAAGACGCGUGUCAUCCAGGAGCAUGGCGGACGGGCGGUGAUCAUUGCGGAUAACGCCUAUGAUAAUGACAGCUUUUACAUCGAGAUGAUCCAGGACAGCACCAGGCGGACAGCCGACAUCCCUGCUCUCUUCCUGCUGGGCAGGGACGGGUACAUGAUCAGACGCUCCCUGGAGCAGCACGGGCUCCCCUGGGCUGUCAUCUCCAUUCCCGUCAACGUCACCAGCAUCCCCACGUACGAAAUGAUGCAGCCCCCCUGGACCUUCUGGUAGCAGCAGGAAGCUGCGGCAGAUCGAGGAUCCCAGGAGCUGGCCCCUGGGACCAGGUUUGAGGAAAGGGUCCCAACGCGCUCCAGAGAUCCCACCGCCCAGCCUUGCCGGAUUCAGCAACGGGGAGAUCUUUCUGCUGCCGCUGGCACGCGGCUGAAGGGCAGCCACCAGCGCUCGCGGUGGGAACCUUGAGCCUGGCACUGAGCACCCUUCGUAAUGACGUUCUGGGAGGGAGGUGAUGGCCCAGAGCAGGCCAGCACUUUCCCAAGAAACAUUUUAACGACGCGUGAGAAACCACCGCUAAUUUGUGCUGCUGAUUUAGAGGGAUGCAGGGUUACACGGAUGCGAUCUGACAGGGCUGGGAGGGAGAAUGAGAUACAGGCUUGGUCUGUGCUAGCAGGGCUCGCUCAACGUCUGUAUAUUUUUGUCUGAGCUAAUGAAGUCUGAACAAGUUUUAG